AUGGCAGACAUCGAGGCCAACAUCAAGAGCGACUGCGCAGCUCAGAUCUUUGCCGUUUUCCCGGAUAUCUGCCCCGAGUACUUCGAGAAGACAGCAACGGAGCUUCUUUACGAUGUCGACAAAAUCAUUGAGGAGAUUCUAGGCGCUUCCUCAUAUCCUAAGAAAGCCCGCCCAAAAAGUCUCAAGCGCAAACGCGAGUCUCCGGCCGAAAAGGAUGAGGUUUCCAAGGUACGACAACUUUACGACUUCGCCAAUCGUCCUCCGGAGAGAGCACAAAUCUACAUUAGUAUCUCGAAGAAAGUGCUCUCCCAAGACUUCCCGCGAGCUACUAUCAAGAGUAUCACGAAACUACUAGCAGAGCACAAUAAUUGUCUGAUGCAGACAUAUCUCGCUUUGGAUGAGAUCACCCGCGACUGGAAAUCAGGCAAAACUAAAGCGCGCUUCGAUUUCAAGAAAACCAGAACGCCACCUAAUCCGGAGCUUGAGCCGGCGAAUUUAGAUGGGACUAUUCGCGACUCAACAACUCCUGACAGGACAAGAGCUCUCGAGGAACUACGGGCUGCUCGGCAGGUAUGCGAAGCAGAACAGUCCAGGCGGAACUCGGCAAGGGCCAAAGUUCUCGAGGAAGAAAACAACUUCAAGCAAGCCCAGGAAGAAGGGACUAUUGCUGAAUGUGGCUGCUGCUUCGACGAACGACCGCUGAACCGCAUGGUUCACUGCGACAACCCGGACGCUGAGCACCGGGCGAUCUUCCUCGACGACAAGCUGCAAGCAGCGCUCGACCGCAUAGGAUUUGAAGCAGCUCUACAAGCCCAAGGCUUCGAGAAUCUCUCAGCAUGUCCGUUCUGUCCAUACGCCGCCGACUGCCCUCCAGUCGAGGAGGACAAAGAGUUCAGGUGUGCCAACCCUGAAUGCGAGAUCGUCAGCUGCCGCCUAUGUAAAGAAGAGACACAUGUUCCCCGGACAUGUGAGGAGGCCGCAGCCGAAAACGGAAUAUCGGAGCGGCGCAAAAUCGAGGAGGCCAUGUCUGAGGCCUUGAUCCGCAAAUGCAACAAAUGCGGCACUCCUUUUAUUAAAGAGGAAGGCUGCAACAAGAUGACUUGCACCAGGCCAGGGUGCAGAAAUGUGCAGUGCUAUGUUUGCUCUAAAUCUUGCGCAUACGAUCACUUUGACGACGCUGCCAGAGGGGGAAAGAAGGGAAACUGCCCCCUCUUCGAACAGACCGAGGUUCGCCACGAGAAAGAAGUUCGGCAGGCCGAGGAGGAAGCCCGCCAGAAGGUCUUAGCAGCCAAGCCCAAGUUGAACGAAGGGCUUCUCAAGUUCAACAUGUCUGAGCAUGUCACGAAGGGGGAGAAGAAAACCCGAAGUAUGGCACACAUUGAACGAGGUCCGCAAGUAGUCCAGCGUCGGCACGCAGGUGUCGACCAGGUCGGAGAAGCUAUGAGACUGCAUCUGGAUCCAGACGCACUAGCUGCUGAGCAAAGAAUCCAGGCUGUAAUUGCCGGUGAGCAGGCCGCCUGGAACAAUCGGUUAGGUCUUCAUCAACCCAUCGCGCAAAACCCAUCGCAGGCUCAGCCUCCUGAGCAGCCCAAGCCGGUUCGCCUGGCCAGACCAGCCCAGCCGGCAAUACAGCAAGCGAUGGCUCUACAACACGGAGCAAAUGCACUGCCCGGAGCUCAGAAUCUUGCGGCCGGUGGUCCACAAAUUGCGGCGCCCUACAAUCCUGUGGUUCCUAGGUAUCCGUCAAAGUUGCCUUUGCCGAUUCAGCAACCGCUUUUCCCAGAGCCGAUUCCCCCAGCAGCGUAUCAGUUUCAGGCUGGCAACAAUGGUAACCAGUCUGCCCAGCAGAGACAGCCACUCGCGCAACACCAUGUGGUUCGGCCACAUCGUGACGGACACAAUACUGGAAGGCAGGUACCGAACGCAGCGGCCAGAGCCGCUCCGCAGGCGGUGAAUGGUCUUUUCGGGGUUCCUGAUGCCGUCGCCAACAACAACUGGAAUCAACUGAAUAUGCCGCCAUUUGGCGGGGGACUCGAUCCAUUCGAACUCGAUAUUGGCUUCGAAUUGGGACUCAUGGCUCAGCAACCCGCCAAUAUUGACCACUCCUAUCCGCUGUCACUGUUCGGUGCCGAGGCGAACAACCCUCCUGUGCCAGGUGGCAUGAACUUUGGCAACAAUGCUUAUGGGAAUCCGGUGAACUAUGUGGUUCAGCAACCAAGGGAUGCAUCCGAGCUCGGGAGAACUAGAGAUAACCCCCUGGAGCUCGACUAG